AUGAGAACAUUAGCCUCAGGGGUUGGAUGUUUAGGGGAGAGAGAUAGUGGCCAUACGGGAAGGUUUAUUGAUGAUAGGCUUUUGGGUUUUAAUCGUUUUAUACUUGCAACUGCCUCCCAAGAAGUUGUUUCAAUGCUUAAUGGCAGAAUGGGUUGGUGGAGCAACAUUAGCAAUGUGAUGGAAGAUACUAGAUGGUUGGUGGUCGACAUGUAUGUGACGGAUGUUCUGUAUCAACCUCGAAAGGGCAGCGGUGUGGCACAUGCUCUUACUCAAUUUGGCUUGAAGAAGGCUCCAGUUUCGUUUGAAUGGCACCUUGAUUUUCCUCCUUGUGGGGAUUUUUUCUUCUUCAUCGCAAUUCAAGUCAUUGUUGUUUAG